GAUAACUGUUUUUCUUUUAUUUCAGGUUUGACCCAUUACCUCAGGUCUAUUCUGAAGGCCCCAGCCGCUGUACUUCAGCAAACAUCUGUCACAGUGCCCACCUCUACAUUUUCUGCCUUCCCGAGGAUUGUAAACAAUGUUUGGCCCUGGAGCUGGACCAGUCAUCGUCUUGAGUCAGAGCACCAAGCGAGAGACUGGGUUGAAAGUGAGAAAAGGGAACAUACAAGCUGGAAAGACAAUUGCCGAUGUGAUUCGAACUUGCUUGGGUCCAAGAGCCAUGCUGAAAAUGCUGAUGGAUCCAAUGGGUGGGAUUGUGAUGACCAAUGAUGGGAAUGCCAUUCUUCGCGAAAUCACUGUCCAACAUCCAGCUGCAAAGUCCAUGAUAGAAAUUUCUCGUACCCAGGAUGAGGAGGUCGGAGAUGGAACCACUUCCGUGAUUGUGCUAGCUGGAGAGAUUUUGUCUGUUGCAGAACAAUUCCUGGAUCAGCAAAUGCAUCCAACUGUCAUCAUCAGGGGAUUCAGACAGGCUUUGGAGGAUUUAGUGCAAAUACUUAAGGAUGAUAUAAGUAUCCCAUUGGAUGUGAACAACAUGGCACAGGUGGAAGAGGUAGUAAAGACUUGCAUUGGAACAAAGGUUCUCUCUCGCUGGGAUCAAUUGGCUUGUCACAUGGCAAUGGAUGCUGUUAAGACAGUAGCCCUUGAGGAACGUGGCCGCAAGGAGAUUGACAUAAAGCGAUAUGCCAAAGUUGAGAAGGUACCCGGAGGAACCAUCGAGGAGUCAGAGGUGCUCAAAGGCAUCAUGCUGAACAAAGACGUUACCCAUCCCAAGAUGAAACGUUAUAUUGAGAAGCCACGCAUUGUACUCCUGGACUGCAAUCUUGAGUACAAGAAGGGAGAGAGCAUGACAAACAUUGAGAUUGAGAAAGAUACAGACUUCACACGCAUCCUUCAGAUCGAAGAAGAAUACAUUCAGAAGAUUUGUGAAGACAUCAUCCGAGCAAAGCCAGACUUGGUAUUUACUGAAAAGGGAGUCUCUGAUCUUGCCCAGCACUACUUGAUGAAGGCCAACAUCAGUGUGAUUCGUCGGGUGAAGAAGUCUGACAACAAUCGAUUGGCACGUGCAUGUGGGGCAACUAUUGUUUAUCGCACUGAUGAAAUUCGAGAAGAGGAUGUUGGCAAAGGUGCUGGACUUUUUGAGAUCAAGAAGAUUGGAGAUGAAUAUUACUGCUUUGUGACUAAAUGUAUUGACCCAAAAGCCUGCACCAUCAUCUUGCGUGGAGCCAGCAAAGACAUACUUAGUGAAGUUGAGAGGAAUCUGCAGGAUGCAAUGAAUGUGGCUCGGAACAUCUUGUUUGAAUCCCGUGUUGUUCCUGGAGGUGGGGCUGUGGAAAUGGCAGCAUCUAAGACUGCCAUAAUGCUCCUGCGAAUUGAUGACAUCGUGUCUGGAUCAAAGAAGAAGGACAAGGAAGGAGGUGGUGGUGGGGCUGCUCCAAGUCAAGAAUCCAUGAAGGAAUGAUUCACUCAUCCCCUCAUCCCCUUGAGCAUUCAUAAAAGUUCAUCCAGGAAAUUAAUCACAUUUUUCUACUCACUGC